CGCAAAGCGAAACAACCCUGACUUGCCAUUUUAUUUCGACGCGACGCGAGUGAAGAAAAACAAUUGAAUUUUUUAUUGUUUAAUCGUGCUAAUUCGGCGGCCAUUUGCCAGUUAAUUGCUGCGACAGGAGACCAGGCGAAACGGGCGCCACCAGAUGAGCAACGCGUGAACGAUGGCGCUGAACAAGAGGAACAGCUCGCACUCUGACGCGAUUUCGGGCGCCGAAGUGGACUACAAGUUUUCGUGUCGCUGCUGCCUGAAGACUGAUGUGGAGUACCUCAAACUGGACUCGGUGGCGGUGGCGCGCAGCCUGGAUCCGGCGGACACAUCGGACAAGAUACCCCUGCUCCGAUGCCUGCUCUUCUGCGUGAGCGCCGAGAAUGCCCCCGAGCUGCCGCAGUACAUCUGCAUCGAGUGCAGCAAGAGCCUGCAGGUGGCCUACUACUUCCUCAAGAAUGCACUGCGUGCCCACGAGAUCCUGUGUCGCAAACUGUGUCCCAAAAGGGGCCAGAGGAGACUCAAUGGUUCUCUGGUCCAGGAGCCGGAGAAGAAAGUUGAUAACCCACUCUUCGAAGACGAGGCGGACAAGACGAAGCCCUUAAAAACUAUGCGGCACGAGUGCCAGGUAUGCGGCGUGGUGGUCUACAAUCGCCUGGAGCUCAAGCAGCACAUACGCCAGCAUGCAGAGGGCCUGUCGUACAACUGCAAGCUGUGCGACUUCACCACGCUGAAGCAGCGCGUACUGCUGGAGCACUACGUCAACACUCACGGCCUGUCCACUGGCCAAGCGGAGGAGCACAUCAAAAACAUCGACUUGCCUGUGCCCAGAUAUGAGGAACCCAAGCCGGUGUGCACGCUGGAGGAUAUGGAGCUACUUAUUCCGACUGUUCUGACGCCAGAUGACUACGCGCAGCCUCAGCUGCAGCCGUAUAUCGAUUCCGAGCAGCUGCGCGAUAUCGAGCACCAGCUGGCCGUCAGCAUGGGCGAGACGGUACCGGGCGUGGACUCUCUGACCUCCACUUUACCGCCCAUGGACACACCCAAUGUGAGCAUAGGAACCGAGUACCUGGUCCUGCCCGAUGGCUCACUGCAGCAAGUUAAUGGAAGCGGCGUGGUCAUAGAGUAUAUCGAUGACAGCAAGCCAAACAACGCCUCCAAUGUCAAUAUCAGCCUACAAAACCUUCUAGGCGGCACCGAGCCAAGUGAACCGAUGGACAUCGAUGUCAGCGAACUGAUUGUGGAGGAUGUUGUGCCGCAAAUAAAAGCCAGGCCAAAGCUAACAGCUGUCGGAACGCCUGCAAGGCCAAAGCCAAUAGCAGGCGGAUCGCCCGCUUACAAGCACAAGUGCAAAGUGUGUCCAAAGACAUUUUCCACUGCGAUGCGUCUCAAAUCUCACCAGUUGACACACAGCAAUUUUCCCAAGUUCUUCUGCGACCAGUGCGACUUUUACUCGCUGCGCAGCGCUGAUCUCAUACAGCACUACAAGAUGGUCCACCAUCGUUCUGAUGAAAACGGCCGGAGCGAAAAGGAGCCAGAUUCACGAGUCUUUUCGUGCGACAUGUGCCUAUUCGAGACGCACACAGCCAGCCAGCUGCGAUCCCACUACACGGACGGGCACAUGGUGAGGCCCACGGAGGUGCAGCUGAGACCAAGUUGGUCGAGUGAGGCGGGAGCUAGCAGUCUCCAAGUUCCGGCUCCGGGUGGCGUUGGCUCCAAGCAGCUCCCUUCGGUCAGGAAACCAGAACACAAUGACAUCCCCAUAGGCAUUAAAUAUCCGCCAGUUGUUGUGGAACAGCAGGAGCCCAUGCAGCAGCCAGUGCCGAUGGCCACCACCUCCACGACCCUCACACAAACGGGCGACAUCAACGUGGUCGUGGAUGCCACGCCGCUCUUCUAUGCGGCAACUACUUGCCCGACUGUUGUAGCGACGAACCCGGUGCAGGUCCCAGUGACAACGGUUGGCGAAUCAACCGGAGAAACCAACAGCAAUGCAUUUGGAAUCUUUCCCGAAAUCUCAGAGGGCACUCUGCCUGUGAACGAAGCCGUGCAGCAAGCCGUUCAGCAAGUGGCAGCCAAUACUUCCAACAUAUCCAUAUUUGGCGACAUGCAGGAUUUUAUUGACAACACCGAUGUGGCUGCCAUAUGCACCAUUCCGGCGGACGAUAUGCCCGUGGUGGAUGGCGAUGACAUCGUGAUUGAUAACAACAAUAUAAGUCUGGACUUUGAUGCCGAGAACUUGUUUGAGGACUUCGAGGAAGAGGAGGAUGCGGGCGAAGAGGAGGAGGAGGAGGCGGACAACGAUGACGAGAAUGACAACAACGAUGCUGCCACAGAUCAGAAUCUGCUGCUCACUAGCGACGAUGAUGAUGUCGACGACUUUGAUGACGAGCAAUCAAAGCAUUUGCAAAAGCCCUACUGCAUAUACUGCAACAAGAAGUUCACCAGCCAGUAUAAGUUCGAGAACCACAUGUUUGUCCAUCGGGGUCUGGCCCCCUAUCGCUGUGAGCUGUGCACCAACCUGUACAACAUGAAGCGUCUGCUGAUCAGGCACUACAAAACUGUGCACAAGCGAAUGCCUACCAGGGACAUGGUGCAGGCCAAGGGCGAUAAGGUUUCAGUGGCCCCCAGCAACAUCGAGAAAGUGUACCUUGGCGAGAUAAAGAAACCAUUGCUCAUGUGCGCCAAAUGUCCUUUCGAGUGCGAAUCAGAUGCGGACAUGCGGCAGCAUCUGAAUGCCCAUCACGGGAUUAAUGACGGAGUGUCUCUACAUGCCAACGAGGUGUUUAUUAUUCGCAAACUUCCUUUUGAAUGCCCGCGCUGCAUUCGAUCUUUUGCGGCCAAAAGCACCCUCAGCCGCCACCUGCAGCGCAGCCACUUGGUGGACACUAUUAUAGAGAUGCAAACGCCAGAAUCGGCGGAAAGCACCACUGUAACCUUGGGCACAUCGUCGUCCACAACCUCUGGACCAGAGAACCCGGUCUUUGAGGAAAACAAACAGAAUAAGAUGAUGGAGACGGACGGUGGGGCUGAGGGGAUGACAGCGGCGGCUUCAGGCAAUGGCUGUGGCAAUGAAGAAGCUGGCAAAGAUGAUGGAUCGGGAAUAAAAAUGGAACCGGCAGUGCCAGAAGAAGAACUAGAUCCAGUGACAUUGGACGCGGCCACGGCGGUGACGACAACAGCAAUAGCAGCAGCAAUAACAGCAGCAGCAGCAGCGGCAGCUACUUCCUCCUCCGAAUCGCCCAUCACGACGACACCCUCAACGUCGACCAACCUCUUUCCCACUCCCACACAGUUUGAUUACGAUUAUGACUUCAUCGGAGAUGCAGCCCAGCGAUCUACGCCAAAUCUGCAUGCCAUUCCCAAAGGCACCACCACGGAUGCCCCACCUAGCAGUCAGAUCAACGGAAGUGACAAACUAUUGACCACCGCCGCCCUAACUCCAUCGCCAGUGAAGGGUUUGCGCUCCAACUCCCGUCUGCUUCGCCCUCCCACUUACGCAUGCAAGCUGUGCAACAAGACCUUCGACGAACUGGGCAAGCUGGUUAAGCACGAGAUGGAGCUGCACUCUAAUACGGAGCCAUCGCGAUGGGGCUACCAACACAAGUGUGCAAUCUGCAAUACAUCGUACCGAACACUCACUCUGCUCAAGUUCCAUAUGAAGCGACACGGCGCCCGGAAAACACAGUGCAAACUCUGCCCCAAAACCUUUGUGACCAGCGCUGAGCUGGAGCGGCACACAAAGGCAAAGCACAACAAAGAGAAGACGCUCCGGUGCAUGUUGGAUGGCUGCCGCAAGACGUUCGCCUUCAAACAUCAUUUGGUGCGCCAUCAGAACGCAAUGCAUUUGGACACGCGGUAUAUAUGCACCGUCUGCAACAAGGAGUUCAAAUCCAGUUUACAUUUGAGGAAUCACAUGAGCGUGCACAAGGGCUUCGCCACCUACAACUGUCCCAAGUGCGAGCGCUCCUACUUGCGUCGUGGCAGAUUAGCAAGACAUGUCCUAUUGAUUCACAAAAUUCGGUUAACUUCAGAAGAGUUGGCUGACAUCUCUGCACAGUCUGUGGACACUAACAACCCAAAGCCCACUUGCAAUAAGGAUGUGGAUGGCGAAAAGGAAAUCAAGGAGGAGGCCGCAGCUGCAUGCAAUAAUUCCAAAUAGUUCCAGAUCAUGCUCUCACCAAUCAAGCAACGUAGCCGCACAAUGUACAAAGUUUGAUAUAGACUAAGUUCUGUUCCUCUCCAUCAUUUUAACACAUCUAAUGUCUUAAAGUUUACUUUUUAAGUUGUAGACUAAUCACAUUAAAUUUAAUCUCAUGUAA